CUUUGUCCAGCUAUACUAGAAGUUUGAGAGAGACCCUUCCUCCAGUUCUUUUAAUCUAGACUCUUUCUAUUUGUAGUCGAUCAUCUAAAAAUCCCUAGCUGUUUCCCAAAGUUUUCUCCCAUAUAUAUAAUUGGAAUCAACACCUAAAUAUUAUUUGGUCUCAGAUCAUCUUCCACAGGCCUCCAGAGAUAGAGAGAUAGAUAGAAGAUGUCAUCUACCUCCCAAGCCAUGCUAAACCAGGGCUUGUUUGAGGAACAAGAGAUCCCUACUCAGAUGGGUAAUUUCUUUAUCUUUCCUUCAAGCUUGAGUAAUUGUCCUCCGUUGGGUUGCCAUCAAUCUCUCAAAGUCUCCAAUAUAGCUGCUGCAGCAGCUUCACUUGCAGCUGAUGCAGUACCUAAUUCUGCUGCUACUCUAACUGAAACCCUACUCUCAUCUGCCACCUCUCAAAAGCAUAGACACGACCCUGCUUCUGAUUUUGGAGGACCCCAACUCCUUUCCUUGCACAGAUCCAGUGCUAAUUUCUGGGCAUGGGAAGAGGUAAACGAGUGUUUGGGAAGCAAGAAAAUUGGUGUAGAUGAUCAUCUAGGCGUUCCUGCAAUGAAAAUGAAAAGGAUUAAAGCAAGAAGAAAGGUAAGGGAACCUAGGUUCUGCUUCAAGACCAUGAGCGAUGUGGAUGUAUUGGAUGAUGGAUAUAAGUGGAGAAAGUACGGCCAGAAAGUGGUAAAGAACACCCAGCAUCCCAGGAGCUACUAUAGGUGUACGCAAGAUAACUGUCGGGUAAAGAAACGAGUGGAGAGAUUAGCAGAAGAUCCAAGAAUGGUAAUAACCACGUACGAAGGCCGGCACGUACAUUCGCCGUCUCACGAUCUUGAAGACUCUUCGCAACAGCCUAAUUCUCAGCUUAACAAUUUCUUCUGGUAGCCACCCACACCUGCAAUUAUUAUUACUACUUAACAAUCAUAUAUCAUAUAUCUAUAUAACUAAUGUGCUUAAAUGUUCUCCAUUCUGGUUUGUGUUUGAACUUUUUGUUGUCUUUUCGAGACAUAGUUUUGGGCACUUAGAAAAACAUUCAAAAUAAAACGAACAAUAACUUUUCAUUGUUGUUUUUUGUAAAUUUUGUAGAAUAUAUAAUAAUAUUGCAGGUCUAAGUUCCACUGUUUUUUAUUAGGUAUAUGAAAAUAGCUGAGUUUUUUUUUUUUUUUUGGGGAAUUAAUGGAUGAGUUGAUUGAUUUGUUGAUCACCUAAGGAAGCAACCUGGAAGUUUAAGUGGCUAGGAUGGAGUAGUUUUUCAACCCUGGAAGGAGCAUCAAUCGUUGUUGUUGUUGCAUUCUCUCUUUUGCAUGUUCUGAAAUGAUUACCUCUUGUUGCUUAAAAAUAAAAUUUCAAACACAAGAACAGACGAGCAAAUUAUUGACUUGUAACAGAAACCUUGCACGUGAGCGUCCAUUAACAAUAAUAACAUAAGCCAUAUAAUAAUAAUUUCACCUUUUUUUUUUCUCUUAGCAGACCCU